AUGGCAGCGUCUCAAGAUGAGAGCUUUCCGACGCUCCGCACAAGCUUGGCACGAUACUUAACCAGUGGGGCGGACAGCGACAUGAAGAUCAUAUGCGGUGGAGUGGAGCAUAAACUUCACCGUAUGAUUGUCUGCACGCAGAGUACCUUCUUUGCCAACGCGUUAAAGAAAGAGCAUAACUUCAUGGAGGCCCAAAACAACACCGUGACGCUAGAGGAUGACGAUCCAGCGACGGUCAAGGCCGCGAUCAAGUUCAUGUACCGUCAGGUCUACUCCAACACCGGUUAUGGUUCGGAUAAUGAGCAGCGCGUCACCUUUGAGAUCUCUCUCUACACGUUUACGGACAAGUAUGGCAUCGGCGGCCUCCGAGAGUAUUGCGCGAAGCGCAUCACGAAGCUUUUGGACGUUAACCAGUUCUUACCCAAGCUCUUCCUUAACGUGGCCAGCGCUGUGGAAGACAACAUUCCGGAGAACGACAACGUCAUCCGCCCUGCCUUGGGCCUGAUUGCUUCUAAGCAUAUCCAUGCACUUGUCGACGAUCCUCAGUUCUGGAGCAUUGCUGGCGGAAUUGGUGGAGCGGUGCUUAGGAACCUCAUUGCAGCCGGUCGGCUUGAUGGGACACACACUGGAGUUCCGCAGUUCACUUGCCCUGGCUGCGAUCGGGAUAUCACGAUGGCUCUGAGUCAAGAUACGGUCCUCCAUGACGAUGACUCCUUCUCGCGCACCGGUCAGAAUACCUUCUGCCCUGGCUGCGGUGGUGCUUUUAGGAACCUGAGAUGGGAGAGCUCCCGCAAGAAUGACUUCGAUGGGGAUGCCAGCCCCCAAUGGUCAGACAGGAGGGACUUGUAG